AAAUGUUAAGAAACAUAUGUAAACAACCUUUAAACUUUUUGAAAACAAGUGCAAGUUUACAGCAGCAAGUUCGUACAACAUUCAUACUUAAACGCAAAUAUGAACCUCCACUACAUAAGAAGAAUCAAGCACCCAAAAAACUCCGAGGUAGACAUCAUAUCUAUGAGUUGGUUGAGGAUACCACCACUAAGAAACAACAGAAUAUUGAAGUGGUUUUGAAAACAUUUGUUGAGGGUGUUGGUGCCAAAGGGGAUGUCGUUUCUGUGAAAUCCAAUUUUGCCUACAACAAGCUAUUGCUGCCCGGAUUGGCCGUAUACAAAACGGAUGAGAACAUUGCCAUGUAUGCUCGCAAAGACAAUGAAAAAGCUGAUCUUGAACACAGUUCUCCUUUUGCUCAAAGGACGGUUAAUAUGCUGGAAAGUCUGAAUUUGUCUGUGAUCAUGAACAAAGAUCAUCCCUGGGUUAUUGAACCAUGGCACAUUAAAGCAUCCUUACGCAAGGCGGGGUACAUUUGCCAAGAAGAAUGCAUAACAAUUCCCAAGGAACCCAUUGAAGGUCCCGAUCUAAAUAAGGAGGGUAAGAUAUUCUAUUGCACGGUCACCAUAAAUAAUUUGGAGAAAGCUCGAUUGAAGUGUCGUAUCCACCACUGGAGUACAGAUCCCAGUGAACGCUUACCAUAUGUUUUUGAAUUUUGGAAAAUGCCUACUGAACCUUUGUUUGGAACAGCAGCAGAAGCCACGAAGGAAGAAGCUAAAAAAUGA